AUGCCUAAAUACAAGACUUCAAACCCACGAAAGAGAAUUAAAUCGCGUGCCGGCUGCCAGACAUGCAAGAAACGGCGCAUCAAGUGUGACGAGAAAGCCCAUGGUUGCUCUCCCUGUGAGAAGAAAGGACUGCAGUGCCCUGGCUACAGGAAAGAUGUGAAAUGGUCCGAUAAAUAUGAGGUGCUCAGAGGGUCUGCGACAAGCCAAGAACAUUCAUUUCACAGGGAUGAUUCGGCCUGGUUCGUAGAGGGUGCUCUUCAACUGAGAGCUGCCAUCGCUCCCAGCCACAUAGGGAGUGUCAAGACCGCGGACGCGCCAUUGGAGAGCACAGACAUGGCAACGAGUACCGCAGACUGCUGGAUUAAUACACAUGUUUGGGAUAAGUUGUGCAGUUGUUCUGCAGAGCUGUACCAUGAAGACCAGCUCUAUCAGAACCAACUGCUAUACAGCUGUCCGGAACCAGUUACUGACCAAUUACUGAGAUACUACUUCUCGCAAGUGUGCGGCAUCCUUUCUGCCUUUGACUCAUCGCAAAAUCCGCUCCGGUCGCUGCUCGAAGAACUUAUACCAUCAUGUCCAGCACUUUUGCAUUCCGUCCUCUCAAUGUCGUCCGCUCAUCUACAUCGGCGACAGAAAGACCGGAUGAGGUACUCACUUGAACAUCGAACCCAGGCUAUAUCACAGCUGGCCUCCAACAUCACAGAGGUUACUAGUACUGAGGGUUCUGCACCAGCAAGCCUAGAUACGAAUGCUUUAUUGCUGAGUUCUAUAUUACUCGGAAUGACCUCGACAUGGCAUGAGGUAUCCAUGCUAGAUUUAGUACAUCUCAAUGGCGCCCGUAUUCUGUUUCAAAAGUGGAUAAUGAACACCCACCAACAAAGCGUUGGACCGCCCCCUUAUGAUACGAGUUCUAGCUUCUUAGUUGGUGUAAUGGCAUACUGGGAGGCUCUUGCCUCCUUUCACGUUGACCAGGACCUGGAGGCAGUAGACUAUCUAUGGGAUAUUUGCAAUAGGGCAACAAAUUCGGAGGCUUGCUGUCCGAAUCCACUUACCGGGGUCAGUACAUCACUGUUUAUCUCUAUGGCUCAGGUCGGUACAUUGUCUAGACAGCUUCGCCUUGUUGAUCGGCUGUGCUCCCUGGCAGGCCCGGAUAAAUACAAGGGAGAGAUGUAUCUUUCACUUCUCGACAAAGCAAAGAAAAUUGAGAAGUACGUGCGCGCUUAUGCUGUAUUGCCGGUUGAUGAGAUUAGCGCUACAGGAGAUGACCUCACACCAUCGAGCCAUCUUCAUACUAUGGGACUUGUGUACCGGCUAUCGAUACUGCUCGAGCUUUACCGGCUUUUCCCAGAGUUACUUCGGUCGAGCGAUGACCUAAUUAGUUACAGCCCCAGUUCAUCAGAGACAAAACACUUCCUUGACACACUCGCCACAAACAUCUUGACCCUGCUGGUUUCUAUCCCUCCAUCAUCAAGGACAAAGGCUAUCCAGGUUCUUCCAUUGAUCAUUGCAGGCAGCGCGCUGCAAGGGCAGACGCAGCCCUCAUCCAGUACAUCGUCGUUGCCGUUAUGUAUUCGCGACCCGAUUCAAGGGAUCAUGUCACUAUCUAGCAACAGCCUCAUCACGAAUUAUUGGAGACGUGUUGUCAUGGACAAAAUUACUAGUCUACGAGACUAUGUUGGUCUGGACUCGGUGGACCACGCGAGAAGAAUAGUGGAAGGAGUGUGGAUGCGAGCGGAUAGCAUGAGCUCUAGAGGCGCAGGGCCUUGCUCCAUGGUUAGCUGGUUGGACGUGAUGAGAGAGGAUAAGCUACAGACGUUCUUUGGUUAG